AGGCAACUGGGUAGACCAGAGACACCCCGCAUCUCAUCAUGAUAUUCAACCCAUCUCAACCGCUCCAAGACUACCGACAACACGCCCUUUGUUUUCCCUUUACGUCCCCAACCUUGGCAACCAUUAACAAUGGGACCCAUCACGGUCUUGCGAGGUUUCAAAAUCCCCGUCGCAAUCCUCGACCGCUUUCUGGAGGCCAACCGCGUGGAACCGACGUACGGCUACCCGCCCUUCUACCACCGAAGCGAGCCGGACGCCGGGUCCAGGUUUCUACGCGAGAAACUACAAGCAGCAGGGGAUACCAAGACCCGGAUAUUCAUCCCUCAGUUACAGGGCGAGCUGGACUCAACUUACGCCUACGUCGCAUAUGCCUGGGUUAUGGUGUAUGCGCAGCGCAGGCUCGAGCUGGCCGAGGAACUGCCCGAUCGAGCUCCACCUGGCUUUGCUGAGCUCCGUGUCGAGAUGUUAGGCCAUGCCAACGGUGGCGAUGUAGAGUUACUGCAGGUUAGGCGGCUGGAGGAAGGUGUUGAAGACCCGACCUCCGCCUUGUUUGUCGUCGUGGCCGAGGAGAGACCAUACUCGUUUCAAUCCUUUCCGCGUAAGUCGGACCUGCGAUGCGACCGCUGUGAUGUGGUCGUUGACAAGUGGGAGUUGAGACAAGCCCACCGGCGGGAGGUUCAUGGAUUGGAGUAUAGGGAUCUCCCUGAAUUUUAAUUUCAGGCUUCGGUUUAUUUUAAGAGGUGGUGCAGCGACUGAGUGGGGUCGGCCGACUCCAGAGCCGAGUUCGAGGGACUGAUUCAGACUCGGUCAAGGUUAGCUCAGUCAGAAGAGGCUGGACACUCGCUUUAUCGAGAGUACAAAACCAUCGACACUAUCCUCAUCGUCAUAGGUGGCAGAAUACGAACGUCACUGUGGAAAGCGCCUCCCCGUCCUCUACCAAGCCGCUAGCAUCAGCCUCGUCCCGCUAGCACGGG